GCUGCGGGGCUGCCCGGGGCCAUGGGGGUGCAGGACCGGCCCCAGUGCUUCUUCGAGAUAGAAAUCAACCGGGAACCAGUUGGUCGAAUUAUGUUUCAACUCUUCUCAGACAUAUGUCCGAAGACUUGCAAAAACUUCCUUUGCUUGUGCUCGGGUGAAAAAGGAAUUGGCAAAACAACUGGAAAGAAGCUGUGUUACAAAGGCACUACAUUCCAUCGUGUGGUUAAAAACUUCAUGAUUCAGGGUGGGGACUUCAGCGAAGGUAAUGGAAAAGGAGGUGAAUCUAUUUAUGGUGGCUAUUUUAAAGAUGAAAACUUUAUUCUCAAACAUGACAGAGCGUUCCUUUUGUCAAUGGCAAACCGAGGGAAACAUACCAAUGGUUCCCAAUUUUUCAUAACAACAAAACCUGCUCCUCAUCUCGAUGGUGUACAUGUUGUCUUUGGACUGGUUAUUUCUGGUUUUGAAGUAAUAGAACAAAUAGAAAAUCUGAAAACUGAUACUGCAAGUAGGCCCUAUGCAGAUGUACGAGUUAUUGACUGUGGGGUGCUUGUUACAAAAUCAGCAAAAGAUGCUUUGGAGAAGAAGAAGAAAGUAUGUUCUGACUCAGAAGCUUCAGACUCCUCCUCCAGUGCAUCGAGCUCUUCAGAAAUUUCAUCUGAAAGUGAAGCUGACAAUGAAAGAAGCAGAAGAAGAAAGCGUAAAAGAAGAGCUAAAACCAAACAAUCAAGAAAACGAAGAAAGGAAGAGAGGAAGAAAGAGGAUCCAAGGUGCAAGCGAAUCUCAAACCAAAGACGCAGCCUUUCUGACAAGAGUGAUAUAACAGAAAAAGCAGUCGACGUUAGCACAAAGAGGGACAAACCUGUGGUACGUCCUGAAGAAAUUCCCCCAGUGCCUGAAAACAGAUUUUUGUUACGAAGAGAUGUGCCUGUUGUCAGUGUAGAACCUGAACCGAAGCUUCUUGAUGCUACGCCAGUUCUGACUGACCAGAAACCAUCAGUCUCUAAAUCCGGACGAAAAAUUAAAGGAAGAGGCACAAUACGAUAUCACACCCCACCUCGAUCACGAUCAUGUUCUGAAUCUGAUGAUGAUGAGAGCAGUGAGACUCCUCCUCACUGGAAAGAGGAAAUGCAGAGAUUGCGAACAUAUAGACCACCUAGUGGAGAAAAGUGGAGUAAAGGCGAUAAGUUGAGUGAUCCAUGUACAAGCAGAUGGGAUGAAAGAAGUGCAUCACGGAGAUCAAGAUCUUGGUCACAUAACGGUUAUUCUGAUCUAAGCACUGUGAGAUAUUCCAGCCAUCACAAAAAGCACAGAAAAGAGAAAAAGAAGGUGAAACAUAAAAAGAAAUCUAAAAAGCAGAAGCAUUUCAAAAAGCAUAAGCAAACAAAAAAAAAGAAAACAUCAGCCUCAUCAGAUGUAGAAUCCUCUCAUUCCUUCCUCAGGAAGACAAAAUCAUCUUGUGAUCGUGAGAGGAAAUCUCGUUCUUCUUCAUUGUCUUCUAGACAUUCAUCCAGAAGAGACUGGUCUAAAUCUGAUAAGGAAGAACAGAGUUCAUCGACUUUAUCAAGUAGAGGGACUCGAUCAUACUACAGGUCCAAGUCCAGAUCUAGGUCUAAAUCAAGAUCUUAUUCCCGAAGAAGUUCUAGAUCAAGAUCAGCCUCUAAAUCAUCGCGUUCUCGAAGUAGGUCGAGGUCGAGUUCUAACCCUAGGCAUCAAAAGACAGUUUCCAAUUCUCCACGAAAUAUUUCAACACGAUUAAAUGAAAGUAAGUUGAACAAGACUGCUGAGCCUGUACGAGCAGUUAUACUCCCCAGUGAUAAAGUUGUCGUACCACCAGUUGUCCCGGAAAACCUCCCUGUUAUACCCUUAAGUGACAGCCCACCGCCUUCAAGGUGGAAACCUGGGCAGAAACCAUGGAAGCCAUCUUACGAGCGAAUUCAGGAAAUGAAAGCUAAAACAACCCAUUUAAUACCCACACAAACUAAUUACAAUUUAGUAGUUAUUAAAGAGGCUAACACUUCUUCCUCAUACUGUAAGCGACAAAGGAGUUCAGAUAGCGAUCGAAGCGGUUAUUCCAGAUAUCAUAGUGACAGAAGCUCAGACAGUUGGCUAAGAUCAAGAAGCAGGUCUUCUCGCAGUAGGUCGUACUCAAGAUCUUAUACGAGAUCUAGAAGUCCAUCUAGCUCUGGGACAAAAUCUCGUUCUUCUGGCAGAUCGCCAUCACCGAGUAAAUACCGCAGUGACAGGUCAGGUUAUAGUGAGUCGACAUCUUAUUAUUCCCUUAGUGAUGAUGAUAGACACAGAAACAAAAGAAAAUCUGCAUCAAACGAUCAAAAUGCUCGGUCUCUUAAACUGAGGCAAGAAACGAGCUCUGAAAGUACUCUCCCUUAUAAGUGUACAAAAGACUACGAUGAGUCUUCUCAAGGAUUGAAAGAGACUGACAGUUUAUCAUCUUCAGACUUCUCUACUGACAGUGAGCGUUCUGCCAAAAUGAAAGUAGUCCAAGAAAAAGAAGGCCGUUUUCAAUUAGAAGGAGAUACUCAGAAACAGGAUAAAAAUAGCUUAAGUUCUGAGAGAGGGGAGGAGAAAUCCAAAUGCGAGCGGGAUUCUGAUCAUGCUAAAAAGCAAGCAGCUAAGGAGAAAUCUUCUGAGCAACCUAGAGGUGGUGCAAAAACUAAACGAAAAUCCUAUUCAGGUAGUAAAUGGGACUCUGAAUCAAAUUCCGAAAGAGGAGAGGCAAGGCAUAAUAGGGGAGAUUCCAGACCCUCUUCUAGUAAAGAAGAAGGAGAGGCCACAUCAGGCUCUGACACGGAGCUUAGUGUUACCAAAAGGAUAAAAAAACAAUCAAAUUCUUCAGACGGCUUUCUGGAUUCUGAUUGUACGUGGAAGACAAGCAAACAGUUGUCAUCUUCUGAAUCUGACAGUUCUUGUUCUAGCUCAACUAACAUUAGAGGAAAGUCAAAAAAACACAAACAUGGAUCGAAAAAAACUCUUAAAAAAUCACAUGCCAAAAAAGCAAAAGAAAAAUCAAAAGGGAAAAAGGAGAAGAAACACAAAGUUCAGAAAAGAAAAGAAACGUUUCAUUGGCAGCCCCCCCUGGAGUUUGGUGAAGAAGAUGAUGAUGAGAUAAAUGAAAAGCCGGUUACCAAGGAUGAUAAAGAAAAGCAGCUAACCAGGGACAUAAAGGAUAGAAAACAAGUUUAUGAAAAGGAUGAAAUAGACAAAGAUAAAAUGGGAAAUGGUGAAAAGUCUUGUGCGGAUGAAAACCUUUUAGGUAAAAACACUACGUGCGAUGCCUCACCAGAUCGCAGUAACCUUAAUAAAGAUAACAUCGAAACAAACACUUCAGCCAGUAUUUUAAACUCAGGAAUAAAUGUGACCGCUUGCAAGAAUGAGAUUAAACAAGCUGAAGAAAGUAACCAGAACGGAUUGGAAGAUGUUAUUCAGACAGAUGACAACAUGGAGAUUUGUACUCCAGAUCGUAACUCACCAGGGAAGGUUGAUGUGGACAUUUUGACUCCUGUCAUUCUCACUGCUAAACUUCAGGCUUUAAGUGCAAGCAUAAACAAAGAUUUACAGGUUGAGACCCCUGAACAAGAUGCUGUCAAACUAGGAAACAAUAUCAUAGACUUUAUUAAUAUUAAAGAAGAAAAAGAAACGGGAAGGCAAGAAAAUAACUCUGUCCCUGCGUCUAGUGCUAAAGACUGUAGUUUAAAAAGUGAAAUUACUGAAAAUACACAAAGCAAUAUGAUAGAUAAUAAAUGGAAGCCUUUGCAAGGUGUUGGUAACUUACAACCAGCAACAAUUAGUACUGCCACAGAAGUUAAGAACGUAGCUUCAGCACCUGAGCCUAAACCAGCAGGUUUAAGAAUUGAAAUAAAAGCCAAAAAUAAAGUAAGGCCUGGAUCUCUGUUUGAUGAAGUUAGAAAAACAGCACGGCUAAAUCGAAGGCCAAGGAACCAAGAAAGUUCCAGUGAGGAAGAAUCUCCAAGUAGAGAUGACAAUAGCCCGUCCAGGAGUCUCAGUAGGUCACGAAGUAAAUCUGAACCUAAAUCCAGACACAGAACAAGGUCCAUAUCUUACAGUCACUCAAGAAGUCGAUCCCGAAGUUCUACAUAUUCAUAUAGGUCAAGAAGUUAUACAAGAAGCCGAAGCAGAGGAUGGUAUAGUAGAGAUCGCUCAAGAAGUCGAAGUAGUUCUUACCACAGUUACAAGAGUCGUAGUCGAACCUAUAGUAGAAGUAGAUCGAGAAGUAGUUCUUACGGUCAUCACAGUCGAUCCAGUAGGUCAUACACGUAUGAUAGUUACUAUAGCAGAAGUCGAAGUAGAAGUAAAAGGAGUGACAGCUAUCGAAGAUCUAGAAGUUAUGAUAGGCGAUCCAGAUCUUACGGCUCUGACAGUGAAAGUGAUCGCAGUUACUCUAACAAUCGAAGUCCCAGUGAAAGCAGCAGAUACAGCUGAAAACGUUUCUUUGACGAUGGAAACUGUAUUUAAUAUUUUUUUCAGUGUUAUGUUAAAAGAACCUGUUUUGACAGUGUCAC